GUAGGUUAGAAAAACGGAAAACGGACGACUGUGGGAUUUGGAUGGUUGUACCGCAUCCGUUCAUGAGUGAGCUAUCGGUGUGUCUAGUCGGAGUAAGGGUCACGUGGACGCAACACGGAGAUCACCGCCAGUGGGCCGAGUACCUCGAGCUGCUUAUCAUCCAGGCGUGGCGAACGGAAGUGGAAGGCAAUCUGCUCGGAUUCCUCUUCGGAUCGGUGCGGCCUGAUCACCGCCAACCGAUCGUACACGAGUUAACGGUCCCCCUUGCACAGCUGGCCGACGAUCUUCCUCUUGAGAUCGUCUCGCAGAGCGACGACAGCCCGGUCCCUCACGUUCUUACGCGGACCCUGGCGUCAUAUCUUCAGUGGUCGGCAUGCUUGAAGGAACCAGGGAGCCACCGCAACCCGCCAUCACAGCGCGGUUACCUGGACCCGCACGAGAUAGUCGAUCUCGCCUUCUUCCAAGAUCGGACGGCUUCCGAAAACGAAGAGAUAGAGAUUGAAGCGGAAGAAGUAAGCUCGGAAGAAGAAGAGGAGGUCAAAGAAGAAGCCGACGAGGAAGAAACUCCCGAAGAAGGGAGUUACAGUGAGCACAGCGAAGGGGAGCAAAGUGAAGCGAAGGAGGAAGAAGAGCAAGAUGACGAAGAAGAAGAAGAAGACCAGGAGGAAUUAGAGGAGUCGGAGUACGAAGGAUUUGAGGAGGAAGUGUGCGACGAGGCUCGGGCGCAAGCUCAGGCACAAAAGAGGGAAGAGAUCGCGGUCGGGAAGCGACAGUUGGAAUUCGCCAGCGCAGCCGGUCAGCCGCGCACCUACGAUCUGGCCUGGGAUCCGGAGCCGCCUAAGCCGGAGGAUGGAGCGACAGCUGGCGAGACUUCGGCCGCACCAGCGAGACUUCAGCCGCACCAGCGAGACGGCGGCGAAGCCGAUCCCCCUCCCCCUCCUCCUCCGACCGCCCACCAACUCGUCCACGUAUUGAUGCGGGGCAUCGGGCUUCGUCCCCGGUCGUCCGGGGUGACGGCCGUGACGGACGUCGCCAAUGCAAUACUGGCUGCAUAUCCAGACAAAGUCGCCAUGCCGUCCGGCCGUCGGCUGCUGCAGGUGACCCGAGCAUUCGGAGCGAAGGGCUUCCCUAAUUGUUUCGGCGCAAUCGACUGCACGCACGUGUACGUGGACAAGCCCGCCAACGCACCGUCGGAGAACUACUUCGAUCGAAAACAGCAGUUCUCGGUCGUCGCCCAAGUUGUCGUCGACCUCCACAUGAGAAUUCUGGAUGUGUUCAUGGGAUACCCGAGGAGCGUCCACGACCAGCGGGUUCUGAGAAACUCUUCACUCUUUCGACGUGCGGAGGCGGGCGAGCUCUUCGUCGUGGAACCUGUUCUGCUGCCAGGGGGGGUGUCCACAACAGGGUACCUGCAUGGGGACAACGGCUACUCGCCGAGAAUGUGGAUGGUGGUCCCCUACGGGGGGACAGACCAAGCAGGGGACAUCGGAUUGUUUGACACGUGGCAGAAGACGACGAGAGGAGUCGUGGAGAGGGCUUUCGGGCGUUUGAAGGGGAUGUGGAGGUUGAUCCUCCGCCAUCACAAGACUAACAUGGAUAGUCUGCCUCAACAGUUUCUGGUUGUUUGUAUCAUCCACAACUUGUUGCUUGAGGCGGGCAUACCGUUCGACGACUCGGUCCUCCUCGAGCCGGACGAGAAUGGCAAUCUGGUUCGUGUCGAUCUGGGGUUGCAAGAUCCGCUACGACCAGUGUCGCAAUCGGGCGCAACCGACGCUGCCCUGGCUUUACGUGACGGGUUACGUGUGCGAAUGAUGAACUGAAUCUGUGGGUGUGCGACCGACAGUCAUGUUCGAUGUCUAUGGGUGUGAAGACUGCAGGGUUUACUGCUGUAGACGGCGCCAGUCAAUCCUUCUCCACUUGGAGAACCAAUCAAUGCUGGUUGCCUUU